GCCGGCGCGGUAGGUGCCCACACGCAACAUGGCGGCGGUAGCGGUGCGGCUGCCGGUGGCCCGCAAGGCGGUGAGGCAGAGCGCGGCGCCGGGCGGCGAGAAGCACCUGGUGGCGCCGGGGGACAUCAUCACCACGGACACGGGCUACAUGAGGGGCCACGGCACCUACGUGGACGAGGAGAAGCUCAUCGCCUCGGUGGCCGGCGCCGUGGAGAGGGUGAACAAGCUGGUGUACGUCCAAGCGCUGAAGACCAGGUACAACGGUGAGGUCGGCGAUAUCGUGGUGGGGAGGAUCACCGAGGUUCAGCAGAAACGAUGGAAGGUGGAAACCAACUCCAGGCUAGAUUCAGUCUUAUUGCUGUCAUCUAUGAAUUUACCUGGUGGGGAACUGAGAAGAAGAUCAGCAGAAGAUGAGCUUGCAAUGAGGGACUAUUUGCAGGAAGGGGACCUCAUCAGCGCAGAAGUCCAGUCUGUAUUUUCUGAUGGGGCUGUGUCACUGCACACUCGGAGUCUGAAAUAUGGGAAGCUUGGCCAGGGUGUGCUUGUUCAGGUCUCACCCUCCCUUGUAAAGCGCCAGAAGACUCAUUUCCAUGACUUGCCCUGCGGUGCAUCUGUGAUCCUCGGCAACAAUGGCUUCAUCUGGAUCUACCCAACUCCAGAGCAGAAAGAUGAAGAGGCAGGGGGCUUCACCACCAACUUGGAGCCAGUCCCCUUGUCUGACCGGGAGGUGAUUUCUCGGCUCCGGAAUUGCAUUGUGGCUCUGGUUACUCAGAAAUUGAUGCUCUUUGACACCAGCAUCCUGUAUUGCUAUGAAGCAUCCCUUCCCCAUCAGAUCAAAGACAUUCUCAAACCAGAGGUGAUGGAGGAGAUCGUUCUGGAAACCCGACAGAGGUUGCUGGAUCUGGAGGGAUAGGACACCUGGUCAGAAGUGGUCGUUUGAAGUCCCACCAUGGCAGCUUUUGAUUUCCCAGUAUUUUUGUCAGUAUCCCAGUCCCCAACAUUCAUUCCACAACUUGGAAACCACCAAAAUUCCUCAUUUAACUAUUAGGAUAUCUCUUGAGCCCAUUUUGUACAGUAGUACAAAAUAGUACCUCAGUACACUAGCCUUUUAGUGCAGCAGCCUGAAAAUGGAUUUAUAACGUUUAUGAAGAUGGAGGUGUAAUUGGGACAUAUCUUAUCGUGCUAGUUGCUGUGUCUAGUGCCUCUGAAUUUGUUGCAGAAUGAUAAAGAGCUGAGGGUGGGUUUUGUGCUCAGUUUCUCCCCAAAGGCUUUCUAAAUGGUUUUGAUUUUUCUUUACUGUGAUAGAGAUCUACCAGUCUGUGACUCCAACUGAGAGCUCUUUGUCUGUUAAAAAGUACAGAUCACAAGUACAAGUCUUACGAGGACAGGAUUCUUCUUAGAGUGUCUUCACCCUGCUGUGUUUUGAGUUUGGCUCUUCAUGGCUUAUAUAUCUCAAGGGUAUGGGAAUGGAUGUAUCAUGAUGUGGCUGCCCACAUGAGCCAGGUAGCUAUUUUGAUGGGUAAGCAAUGCCCUCUCAGGCCCUCUAGGCACCAUGUGCAUCCUGCUGGUCCCUUUUAUAUGCCUGAUACAGUAAGCUCCUCCUCUGAGGAGGCUUCAGUAUUGUUUUCUCUUAAAUAUUUUUACAUUUCAAUAAAAUUUUUUUGAAAGAGAGA